AUGGACGUUCUUCUGGGAGAAGUUGAACAGUUUAAGAUUUCAACUGAUCAAGCUUGGACAGAAGUCUUAGAGUUGCAAGAUAAUUUACAAAUUGGGAGGAUUAAAAGACGGAGUAUUGUGGAGAGAGAUAUCUUUCUCAAUAUGGUACACAAAAGAGUUGCAAAAGAGAAACGAAAAAGAUUCGACUCCCGAUUGCCAGCUUGGUGUCAGUGUGAAGCAGUCAGACCUCGAUGCCCGCAUGGACCACCAGGACCAAGAGGAAGACCUGGAGCGCCUGGAAUGUCUGGCCGAAGUGGAAUGCCCGGGAAAGACAAUUAUUUCUCAUUUCCUUUUGCUUCUUGUCCACAACGAGGUGCAGGAUGUGUUCGUUGUCCAGCUGGAUUGCCUGGUUUUCCUGGUAGAAUGGGAUUCAGAGGAUCAACAGGAGAGCCUGGCCGCCCUGGAUUUAACGGCAUUCCGACAGCUCGUGGUCGUCAAGGUCCACCAGGGCCAAUUGGGAAUUCGGGAAGGCCAGGUCUACAAGGGUUCCCAGGCAGAAUGGGUCCACCAGGAUUACCGGGGAUUCAAGCAAUUGGUCACAAAGGUGUACCGGGUAGAAAAGGUCGAUCUGGAGAUGUUGGUGUGCCGGGAGCUGGAGGACGACCGGGAAAACCCGGUUUACCAGGACCAAUGGGGCCAAUCGGGUUUCCUGGAAGACCUGGGAAAAGAGGAGACAAUGGUUGGUCUGGUCCGCCAGGAUUUUCUUCUGGACCUGGUCUUGAUGCUGGUUAUUGUCCGUGUCCACAAAGAGGGAAAAUGACUUUACGAAGGAAACAAAGAGAU